ACACACACACACACACACACACACACACACACACACACACACACACACACCUCUGACAGGUUGGCAGGAAAGAGGCAGUGUGCAGCAACAACAGCAGAAGCUAUGCACCCACUCCAAGCCCACACCAUGGCUCACUAAGUGCCAAGCACCAUGUGGUCCACAAAGGUGAAAUAAGAAACAAAAUAACCACUCUGGUCAGAAAGACAGGCAGAAAAUAAAUUACCUAAAUAAAAGGCAAACUGCCCAAGGCUGAUUAACUUCCAGUGCAUUGAAAAGAAGAGAAAGGUUAAUUCUACUUUGGGUCCUAAGUACAAAGAUCACUAGGAUGGGGGGAGCCCGCUCAACACAAGGCUUUGUAUGGAUAGGUGGAAAAGAAAUCCUGGGGAUUGUAGGAGGAGGUCAGCCUUGGUGGGAGAGGGGAGGAGGAAGACUGGGCAGGACAAAGGGAUUGGAGCAGAAGAGAGGGUGGGGCCAGUGGACUCCGCCUCCUUCCCCCAGCACCCCCGCCCCACCCCCACCCCACACGCAGACCAGCUUCCUGCAGUCUAUGGAAACAGAGCAUGGCUGACUGUGGGGACAUUGGAAGAUAACCGGGACAGACAGGGCACUCUGGGCAGGGCCAUGGUGCCAAGCCAAUUGUGGGGGAGACUGGAGAAACCACUUCUCUCCCUGAGUUGUGCCUCCCUACUCCUGGGGCUGGCUUUACUGAGCAUACGGCCAGACAUCGCCCCUGUUGCUUAUUUUUUUCUCACCUUGGCUGGCUUCUUCUUGUUUGCCUCCCUCCUGGCCUGUUUUCUGGAACGGGGGCUCCGAUCAAUGCAGACAGAGAGCCCAGAGACCCCAAGCAAUGCACGGGACAAUGAAGCUUUUGAGGUGCCAACAUAUGAAGAGGCCAUGGUAGUGUUGGAAUCAGAGAGCCACCCCCAACAGCUGGAUCAACCACCCCCUUACAGCAGUGUUGUAAUCCCCCCAGAACUUGAUGGGGGACAACCUAGCCAAUCAGAAAGGCCCGUGACACAUAGACUGGAAAGAAGAGUGGGCUCAGAGGGGGCUAUGACCCCAGGAGGAAGCCCUGGAAGAGUUCUGAUCAGCCUUCGGCUUAGGGGACCGAGGGUCAUAUCCACUGCUCCUGAUCUGCAGAGCUUGAGGGCAACCCCCAAAAGAGAGCCUCUUACUCCACCCCCUGCCUAUGAUGUCUGCUUUGCUCACCCUGAUGAUGAUAAUGUUUUCUAUGAAAACAACUGGACACUCCCCUAAGCAACUCUCUCAGGACUUAUGGCUCUACAUCAGACCCAUUCAUUCAUUUGACCAGCAUUUCCCAGCACCCACCAUGUGUCAGGAACCGCAUUUCUGCCUGGACAUCAAAAAUGGGGACUUGAAUCCAGAGGGGAGUCGGGCUAUGGUAAGCCUUUCCCAGUGAAGAAAUGCGUAACAGAAUUUAACUCUUCUGGCAACAUUUUAUGACAUACCCCAUGCCCAGUAUUUCCAGAGUUAAAUUAGGGUGAGGUAGUGGGGUAAUCCAGAGAAGCUGAGGAAGGAAGUAAAGUAAUAUCUGAAUGACAGAUAUAUUUCCAUCUGUUCCAAAUGCCUUACUUCUGUUAGCUUUCUCAGGCUUUCAGCCUUAUUAAGUAUUAUUACCCUCACUGAAAAAUGUGGUUUCAAGGGUCAGAGGAGUUAUAAAACAUGCACUAGGACAUACAGCUAGUAAAUAACAUUAAAAUAACUUGAAUGAACUCCUGAUUUCAAUGCAAGGCAAGGACCAGGAAGCCAGGCCUUCCACAUUUGUCUCAGUCCCUAUCGUGGAACAGUUGCUAUACAGAGGACUUCAUACAAACAGAAUGCAGGAUCCUUACAUCUAACAGGGUGGGCUGGGCAGGAUCAGGAGUGACCCAACUUCCUACAGGAGUAAGGCUAAUCAUAGUUCUGAUGGUCCCUGCUCCAUGUGGGAAGCAGUUACUGUGCCUCUCCCCUACCCAGGAGCUACAGUGCAGCCCUCACGCAGGGUCUUCAUCCUGUCUGAAAGCAGUGGAGUAAAUUGCCCCAGGUAGACUUCCAAGUUUUGACAAUGGAUGAAGGUCAGAAAGGUUAACAACGUGUUUCUUGGCAAGGGGUGAAGGGUAGUAUCCAAGGAGACUCUCUCCUGAAUAUCUGUCUUGGAGCGCGGGAUCACCUGCAGAGUGUCCCCAGCCCCUUCGGCUUCACUCUGACUGACUGCUGGGGUUCUACCCCAGCCCCGUGUCCCGCUUCUUCAGACCCCCAAUGUGCUGCGACUGGGAUGCUCCUCACUUCCCCCGCAAACCAACAUUCGUCCAGGGGGGUCUUGUCUAGCGCCUUCUAGUGUUCGCCCUCUAAUUUCUGCAUUCCGCCCCUGGGGGAAACUCCAGUAAAGCGACAAGUCUCACUA